AUGUGCGGAAAGAUCUCUGAGUGCCGAGCAGAACUCAACUCCUGGUGCGGAAGCCAAUCAUUUCGAGAGCGCGCCCUUUGUGCUCUGCCAUACGAUUCUUUCGAGCACGAUCGUACUAUUCUUGCUGCAGCUUCGGAGGGAGAUGCUGCGCUAUAUCCCGAAUUCAAGUUCGAAUUUCCAAUGACCCAUUGGGUGGUCUACCUACUAUUCGACUCGGGUAAGUUGAUCUACAACGGUCUGUCGGAACCCUAUUGUGUGCCCCUUGAUCGGGUGCAUGGUUUUGGUGACCCGAUGCUUCAAUCUAUGAAGGAAAAUCAAUGCCUCCGUUCAGAGUGGGGUUGUCACGAAAGGUACCCCAACGCUCUGACGAUGGAGCUCGGAAAGACGACGAUGUGA